UCUGUAAAGCCCUGACUGAGGAGAGGGAGGAAUGUUGACGACUCAGAGGAUCAUUCUAGUGCGAUGAAUGAGCGUCGCCACGGUCCGUUAACGAUGUAUUUUCUCAAUGCCUUGAGUAUCUUUGGGAUAUUUAUCAGCGGUGUCAAUGGAAUUCCAUGGACACAAGAGAAGCUCACGCAUAGAGCCGCUACGCUGACUGCGGGGGAGAUCCGCAGCGCCCUAGCCCACACGGACCUGGACAAGAUGUGGCAGAGGGAUCUGACCCCUCUGCUGGUCACCAGGUACCCCGGGACCGCGGGCAGCCUGGCGGUACAGCAGCAUAUCAAAACGACACUGGGCUCCCUAGAGGCCGGCUGGAACGUGACGGAGGACAGCUUCGAGGCCCAGACGCCGUACGGCCCGCGGACCUUCACCAACCUCGUCGCCACCCUGGACCCGUCCGCCAAGCGCCGCCUGGUGCUGGCGUGUCACUACGACUCCAAGUACUACCCGCCCCAGUGGCACGGAAAAGAGUUCCAGGGGGCCACCGACUCAGCCGCGCCCUGUGCCAUGAUGCUGGAGCUGGCCCGGGCCCUGGACCAGGAGCUGAAGACACACAAGAGCUCCAGCCCUGACCUGACGCUGCAGCUGCUGCUCUUUGACGGCGAGGAGGCCAUGUUCCAGUGGACCGCCACGGACUCCCUGUACGGCUCGCGUCACCUGGCCCAGCAGAUGGAGAGCACCCCGCACCCUGCCGACGCCAACGACACCAACCUGCUGCACGGCAUUGAUCUGUUUGUGCUGAUGGACCUGAUUGGGGCCCCCACGCCUCGCUUCGGGAGCCAGUUCUCCAGCACAUCCCGCUGGCUCACCAGACUCCAGAAUAUAGAGCGUCGUCUCCACUCCAUGGGCCUGCUGAUUGACCAUCCUGCCGAUGUGCAGUACUUCUGGCCCAACAUGCCCGUGGGCUUCGUUCAGGACGACCAUGUGCCCUUCCUGAACAGAGGUGUGCGCAUCCUGCACCUCAUCCCGACCCCCUUCCCCUCCGUGUGGCACACGUUCGAUGACAACGAGGAGAACCUGGAUCGCUCCAGCAUCCAGAACCUCAACAAGAUCAUUCAGCUCUUCGCUCUGGAGUACCUCAACGCCAGACCCAUCGACCCACAGAACCCACAGAACGCCCCCUAAAGUAGACCUGCUCUUCUUUUGAGUAUUUUUGGAUGACUGUUGUACACAGCUAUCUGAUUCCAUUGUAUGGACUGAUCAGGCAUUUAAUUUGGUCCAUUUUAGUAGCAAACAUUUUUAUAAUAUGGCUCAUAUGGAAGACUACAUUGUUUUCCUCUAGAUAUGCUGUCCUCACACAUAGGAUGGUGCGUUCAUCUGACAAAGUAUACUGUGUCUGUGAGCAUUCCCGUUCGCAACUUUAAUGCUAAUACUAAUGCUUUACUUGAGAGUGACUGCAUAGGAAAGCAAUGGGUGAUGAAGAUUUAUCAAGGCAAUAGACUAUUUCUAACUUAAAAACCGGAAUAACCUAUAACCAAGAAGUUCUCAGCCGCCAUAUACAGAUAUAUCUAAACCGUAUGUUUAACAGUACCGUAUUUAGGAAUAACCUAGAGAUGGAGUCUCAGAGCUUUCACAUGUCACUUCCUGACUGUAAAUCGGUCACGGUUGUUUAUAGAGCAAACAUGUCAAAACAAAACGAGAAAAAGAGAGGCCUUAUGUAUAUGAUAACAUCUCUACUUCCAUACCCUGUGGGAUGAACAAGCUCCAUGUGCUUGUGCUUCAUGUCUCUGUGUUUGUUUUGGUGUCAUUAUUAGCCAGUAAUAAUACACAGGGAACUAUAUUGGACUUCCUGUUGGACUUCUUUUUUUAAAGUCUGAAAUAAAAGAAUGCCCCGAACAUAAAAAAAUAUAUAAAAUAA